UUCUCCCAGUCCCCCCAGUUUACCCAGUACCCUCCCAGUCCUUCCCAGUCCCCCCAGUUCUCCCAGUUUACCCAGUCCCCGUUCCCAGCGAGCCUCCCGGGCAGUGAAACCACCUCAGUGAACACCGAGACCGUGGGCGAGGAGGAGGCGCCGCCGACGGCCUGCGAGCGCUGCCUGGGCAAAAUUACCAAGACAAAAUUCUGCCGCCGCCUGCGCCGCCUGAACCGCCUGUGGCGGCGCCGCUGCCGCGCCGCGGUGAAAUCCGUGUCCUUCUACUGGACCGUGCUGCUGCUCGUGUUCCUCAACACGCUCACCAUCGCCUCCGAGCACCACGGGCAGCCGCCCUGGCUCACCGAGACCCAGGCCUACGCCAACAAGGCGCUGCUGUCGCUCUUCGCGGCCGAGAUGGUGCUGAAGCUCUACGCGCUGGGCCCCUCGUGCUACUUCGCGAGCUUCUUCAACCGCUUCGAUUGCUUCGUGGUGUGCGGGGGCGUGCUGGAGACCGCGCUGGUGGAGCGCGGCGCCAUGGAGCCGCUCGGCAUCUCCGUGCUGCGCUGCGUGCGCCUGCUGCGCGUCUUCAAGGUCACCCGGCACUGGGCGUCCCUGAGCAAUCUGGUCGGCUCCCUGCUGAACUCCAUGAAAUCCAUCGCCUCGCUGCUGCUGCUGCUCUUCCUCUUCAUCAUCAUCUUCGCCCUGCUGGGCAUGCAGCUCUUCGGGGGCCGCUUCAGCUUCGACGAGACGCAGACCAAGCGCAGCACCUUCGACACCUUCCCGCAGGCCCUGCUCACCGUGUUCCAGAUCCUGACGGGCGAGGACUGGAACGCGGUGAUGUACGACGGCAUCAUGGCCUACGGCGGGCCCGUGUUCCCCGGGAUGCUCGUCUGCGUUUACUUCGUCAUCCUCUUCAUCUGCGGCAACUACAUCCUCCUCAACGUCUUCCUGGCCAUCGCCGUGGACAACCUGGCCGACGGUGACAACAUCAACUCGGGGGGGGACAAAAAGGACAAGGCCGGGGAGGAGGGGACAGGGACAGAGAGCCAGGAGGUGGCCGUGAAGGUUGAGGGGGAUCCGCAGGAGGAGGAGGAGGAGGAGGAGGAGGAAGAGGGGGAGGAAGGUGACGAGGAGCCCGGGGGGGACAGGGACAGCCUGGGCAGGGCCCGCCUGGAGUCGCUGGAGGAGCCCCCCAAGACCAAGGUGACCCCGAUCCCCGAGGGCAGCGCCUUCUUCGUGCUGAGCAGCACCAACCCGCUGCGGGUGAAGUGCCACGCGCUGAUCAACCACCACAUCUUCACCAACCUCAUCCUCGUCUUCAUCAUCCUCAGCAGCAUCUCCCUGGCGGCCGAGGACCCCGUGCGGGCCCACAGCCCCCGGAACCACAUUUUGGGGUACUUCGAUUACGCCUUCACCUCCAUCUUCACCGUGGAGAUCCUGCUCAAGAUGACGGUGUUCGGCGGGUUCCUGCACAAGGGCUCCUUCCUGCGGAACUGGUUCAACCUCCUGGACGUGCUGGUGGUCGGCGUGUCCCUCAUCUCCUUCGGCAUGCACUCCAGCGCCAUCUCGGUGGUGAAGAUCCUGCGGGUGCUGCGGGUGCUGCGGCCCCUGAGAGCCAUAAACCGGGCCAAGGGGCUCAAGCACGUGGUGCAGUGCGUGUUCGUGGCCAUCCGCACCAUCGGUAACAUCAUGAUCGUCACCACGCUGCUGCAGUUCAUGUUCGCCUGCAUCGGGGUGCAGCUCUUCAAGGGCAAGUUCUACAGCUGCACGGACGAGGCCAAGCACACGCCGGGAGAGUGCAAGGGGACAUUCCUGGUGUACAAGGACGGGGACGUGUCCCACCCCUCGGUCCGGGAGCGCCUCUGGCUCAACAGCGACUUCAACUUCGACAACGUCCUGGCGGGGAUGAUGGCGCUGUUCACCGUGUCCACCUUCGAGGGGUGGCCCGCGCUGCUGUACAAGGCCAUCGACGCCAACGCCGAGAACCAGGGGCCCAUCUACAACUACCGGGUGGAGAUCUCCAUCUUCUUCAUCGUCUACAUCAUCGUCAUCGCCUUCUUCAUGAUGAACAUCUUCGUGGGCUUCGUCAUCAUCACCUUCCGCGCGCAGGGCGAGAGCGAGUACCGCAACUGCGAGCUGGACAAGAACCAGCGCCAGUGCGUGGAGUACGCUCUGAAGGCGCAGCCGCUGCGCCGCUACAUCCCCAAGAACCGCACCCAGUACCGCGUGUGGGCCAUGGUCAACUCCACGGCCUUCGAGUACAUCAUGUUCGUCCUCAUCCUCCUCAACACCAUCGCCCUGGCUGUGCAGCACUACGAGCAGUCCAAGCCCUUCAACUACGUGAUGGACCUGCUCAACAUGGUGUUCACGGGGCUCUUCACCGUGGAGAUGGUGCUCAAGAUCAUCGCCUUCAAACCGCGGCAUUACUUCUGCGACGCCUGGAACACCUUUGAUGCCCUCAUCGUGGUGGGCAGCGUGGUGGACAUCGCCGUCACCGAGGUCAACAACGGGGGCCACGUUGGUGAGAGCUCCGAGGACUCCUCCCGCAUCUCCAUCACCUUCUUCCGCCUCUUCCGUGUCAUGCGCCUGGUCAAGCUGCUCUCCAAGGGCGAGGGCAUCCGCACCUUGCUCUGGACCUUCGUCAAAUCCUUCCAGGCCCUGCCCUACGUCGCGCUGCUCAUCGCCAUGAUCUUCUUCAUCUAUGCUGUCAUCGGGAUGCAGACCUUCGGGAAGGUGGCUCUGCAGGACGGGACCCAGAUCAACCGCAACAACAACUUCCAGACCUUCCCCCAGGCCGUGCUGCUGCUCUUCAGGUGUGCCACAGGUGAGGCCUGGCAGGAGAUCAUGCUGGCCAGCCUGCCGGGCAAGCGCUGCGACCCCGAGUCGGACGCGGGCCCGGGCGAGGAGUUCACCUGCGGCAGCAACUUCGCCAUCGCCUACUUCAUCAGCUUCUUCAUGCUCUGCGCCUUCCUGAUCAUCAACCUGUUCGUGGCUGUCAUCAUGGACAACUUCGAUUACCUGACGCGCGACUGGUCCAUCCUGGGCCCGCACCACCUGGACGAGUUCAAGCGCGUGUGGUCCGAGUACGACCCCGCAGCCAAGGGUCGCAUCAAGCACCUGGACGUGGUGACGCUGCUGCGGCGGAUCCAGCCCCCGCUGGGAUUUGGGAAGCUCUGCCCACACCGCGUGGCCUGCAAGCGCCUGGUGGCCAUGAACAUGCCCCUCAACUCGGACGGCACCGUCACCUUCAACGCGACGCUCUUCGCCCUGGUCCGCACCUCCCUCAAGAUCAAGACGGAAGGGAACCUGGAUGUGGCCAACAAGGAGCUCCGGGCUGUGGUGAAGAAGAUCUGGAAGAGGACGAAGCCGAAGCUGCUGGACGAGGUCAUCCCCCCGCCCGAGGAGGAGGAGGUCACCGUGGGCAAGUUCUACGCCACCUUCCUGAUCCAGGACUAUUUCCGCAAGUUCCGGCGGCGGAAGGAGCGGGGGAUGCUGGGCGCCAACGCCGGCCCCAGCAACGAGUGCGCGCUGCAGGCCGGGCUGCAGACGCUGCAGGCACUGGGCCCCGAGAUGCGGCGGGCGCUGAGCGACCUGGAGGGGGACGAGGGCGGGGACGCGCCUGUGGAGGAGCCGCUCACCUACGCAGCCCCCGAGACGCUCUACGGCUCCGGGCCCGGCUCCCCCCUGCUCUCGGAGCCGCCCCCCGCCCCCAGCCCCGCGCCCACCGAACGCGAGGAGCCCACGCCCCCCUCCCACGGGGGCAGGCGGCGCUCCGACGGGGGGGACCGGGAGGAGGAAGCGCCCCCGGCCGAGGAUGCGGAGGAGCCGGGAGGGGACACGGGGGACGUGAGCCACGACGAGGAGCUGGAGAGCGCGGCACCGGCCCGGCGGCGCUGGGUGGGGGACAGGGCACCGGGACCCCCGCGCUGGGCGGCCGAGCUGCCCCGGGGGGGGUCGCUGCCGCUGCCCCCCCGGCACUUCGCGCUCGGCAGCGGCGCCCGAGAGGGGCAACAACUGAAACGGCGGCGGCUGCUGCCCCCCACCCCCGCGGGCCGGAAACCCUCCUUCACCAUCCAGUGCCUGCGCCGCCAGGGCAGCUGCGAGGACGAGCCCAUCCCGGGCACCUACAACCCCUCGGGCCCGCCCGGCCCCGCCCGCCCGCAGGGCUACGGCAGCUCCGAGACCUGGCGGCUGGGGGGCUCCUCGCAGGCCUGGGCGGCGCCGGCCCGCGGGCACGUUCUGUACGCGCCGCUGAUCCUGGUGGAGGGGGCGCCGCCGGGGCCGGGGGCGGGCGGCAGCCUGCCCCCCCUGAACCGCUGGUACCCCCCCGCGCCGCUCCGGCUGCGACCCUGCGGGCCACACGAGGCCCUGGCACGGGGAUCGGCCGAUAGCCUGGUGGAGGCUGUGCUGAUCUCGGAGGGGCUGGGGCUCUUCGCCCGCGACCCCAAGUUCGUGGCGGUGGCCAAGCGGGAGAUCGCGGACGCGUGCGACAUGACCAUGGACGAGAUGGAGAGCGCGGCCGCGGAUCUGCUCACCCGGCGCCGCGGCCCGCCCGCGCCCACGCCCGCCGUCUACAGCGACGAGGAACCGCUGCGGCCGCCGGCCGAGGAGGAGCUGGCCGACGAGAUGGGCUGGGCCGGCGGGGUUUAG